GGGGGCCUGCUCCCCCCUCUCGCUCUGACAUGCCAACCCGGCAGUCGGCUUGGUAGCUGCUUGCGCAGAGUGCCAGCUUUGUUCCUCGCAAGGAAACAGGCCGGUGGGUGCCAGGGCAGAGGAUGGAGUUCGAGCUCAUGGAGAGCGACAUCCUGGAGUCGUUGGAGGAUCUAGGUUACAAAGGUCCAUUGUUAGAAGAUGGAGCGCUGACUCAAGCAGUCUCUGGUGGAGCCAGUUCCCCUGAAUUUACAAAACUCUGUGCUUGGCUGGUGUCUGAGUUAAGGCUAUACUGUAAACUAGAAGAAAAUGUGCAAGCUACUAACAGUCCAAAUGAAGCAGAAGAGUUCCAACUUGAAGUGAGUGGGCUACUGGGGGAAAUGAACUGUCCAUAUGCAUCACUAACAUCAGGAGACGUGACAAAACGCCUUCUCAAUCAGAAGAACUGCCUCCUGCUGCUCACAUACCUCAUCUCAGAACUGGAAGCUGCCAGAAUGCUAUGUGUGAAUGCCCCUCCAAAAAAAACACAAGAAGGAGGUGGUAGCGAGGUCUUUCAGGAGCUAAAAGGCAUUUGUAUUGCAUUAGGCAUGUCCAAGCCUCCAGCCAACAUAACUAUGUUCCAGUUCUUCAGUGGAAUCGAAAAAAAACUAAAAGAAACCUUAGCAAAGGUUCCACCUGGCCAUGUUGGAAAACCUUUACUGAAGAAACCAUUGGGACCGGCUCAUUGGGAAAAAAUUGAAGCAAUUAACCAAGCCAUAGCCAAUGAGUAUGAAGUUCGGAGAAAACUGAUAGUGAAACGUUUGGAUGUAACUGUGCAGUCGUUUGGCUGGUCAGAUAGAGCUAAGAGUCAAACAGAGAAACUGGCUAAAGUCUACCAACCCAGACGUGCCCUCUUAACUACCAAGUGCACUAUUUCCAUUGCUCACCUCUUGGCAGCUCGGCAAGAUUUGUCAAAGAUUAUGAGGACAAGCAGUGGGUCUAUCAGAGAAAAGACUGUGUGUGCCAUUAAUAAGGUAUUAAUGGGCAGAGUACCUGACAGAGGGGGCAGACCAAAUGAAAUCGAGCCUCCACCUCCUGAGAUGCCACCAUGGCAGAAAAGACAAGAUGGUCCUCCACAGCAAAGUGGAGGCAGAGGAGGAAGAGGUGGCUAUGAAUCAUCAUAUGGAGGAAGAGGUGGUUAUGAACAAGGGGGAGGUCGAGGAGGAGGACGGGGUGGUUAUGACCAUGGAAACAGAGGGGGAGGAAGAGGAAACAAGCACCAAGGAGGCUGGACAGAUGGCGGAGGAGGAGGCUAUCAGGACAGCAAUUACAGAGAUAGCAACUACAGAGAUGCAGGUUUUCAAACAGGUGGUUACCAUGGUGGCGGUGGUGGCUACCAAGGAGGCGGCUAUGGAGGCUAUCAAUCUUCUUCAUACACAGGAAGUGGAUACCAGGGUGGUGGCGGCAGCAGCGGCGGUUACCAGCAAGACAACAGAUACCAAGACGGUGGUCACCAUGGUGAUCGAGGUGGUGGGCGUGGAGGAGGGAGAGGUGGCCGUGGAGGCCGCGGUGGCCGUGGAGGCCCAGGAGGAGGCUGGGGAGGCAGAGGUGGACAGAACUUUAAUCAAGGUGGGCAGUUUGAGCAGCACUUCCAGCAUGGAGGCUAUCAGUAUAAUCAGUCUGGAUUUGGACAAGGAAGACACUUUACUAGCUGA